AUGACCAUAUCAAGAAUUCUUAGCCUCUUUCAAAUCCUUCUCUUAGUAUUUGCUUGGCAAUGUUAUGAUAAGGUUGCUGCCAUUAUUACCGACGACAUUGCAAACCUCAAUAACGAGAUCAUAUCCACGAUAAAUCAACAACUAAUUCCUAGUCCAACCGCAACACCAGGGCCUCUUGGCAUGGAAACUCUUCCUGACCUUGAUGACACGGUAAAUGACAGUAACAAUACUAACAAUGAUUUGAAUGAAAAUGGUGAGUCAGUUUUUGAUGUUACAAAACAUGGAGCUAAAGCUGAUGGAAAAACCGAUGAUGCACAGGCAUUCGAGACAACAUGGAUUGCAGCCUGCCGAAAUACAGUGGGUCCGGUGAAGAUUUUGAUCCCAAAAGGAACAUAUUUGGUGGGUCCGAUGACUUUGGCCGGUCCGUGUAAAAGCUUCCCGAUCACCAUUGAAAAUCAAGGGAUUGUAAAGGCUACAACCGAUUUAUCUGAAUAUUCAUCUCCAGAAUGGUUCUCGAUUGAAGACAUUACCGGUUUUAUCCUCACUGGCUCCGGCGUCUUCGACGGCCAAGGCACCGCCGUUUGGGCCUAUAAUGAUUGCAAGAGUAAUAAGGAUUGCCAGCUUCUUCCAAUCUCGAUUAAAUUUUCGGGAUUAAACCACACGAUUGUUGAUGGAAUCACUUCACUAAACAGCAAGGGCUUUCACAUGUCCCUAUUCAACUGCUACAAUUUUACUAUUACCAACGUCAACAUUAUAGCUCCCGAUGAGAGUCCCAACACGGAUGGAAUUCACCUUAGUACCUCAGAAUUGGUCAAUAUUAUGAAUAGUAUCAUUGGCACUGGUGAUGAUUGUGUCUCCAUAGGCCACAGUACUGUGAAAAUCACUGUCACCAAUGUCACUUGUGGCCCUGGACAUGGCCUCAGCGUGGGCAGCUUAGGCAAAUACUCAAGAGAGAAGGAUGUUUAUGAUGUUCUAGUAAAGAACUGCACAAUUUUCAAUGCCACCAAUGGUGCCAGAAUCAAGACAUUUGCUAGUCCCAUCUCAGGGUUAGCAUCAGGAAUAAUCUUUGAAGACAUUAUAAUGUACAACGUCAAAUAUCCUAUAAUCAUUGAUCAAACCUACAGCACAGAUGAGAACAAGGAAUCGAAGUGGAAGGUCAGCGACGUACACUUCAAGAACAUUCGAGGAACAUCGGCAACAAACGUGGGGGUAUUGUUGGAGUGUAGCAAGUUGCUUCCAUGCGAGGGGGUGGUGCUUAAGGACAUUAACUUGACUUAUGGAGGCACCGACUCGAAGAAUACAACCAUUGUUUCUUCAUGUUUGAAUGCAAAGAUUACUACUUUUGGGGUUCAAAACCCACCACCUUGUGUUGUAUAA